UUCAGUUCUCACCGGGCUGGCAUUGGAAUUCGGGUUUUGGGAUUUCGGGUGCAAAAUCUAAGUAGGCCAUUCUGCCCAUCGCACCUGCUCCGGCUCUUUGGCGAGCUCACUAUUAAACUCACUGUCAUUAACGUCAGCCUGGCGCCGUGCGCAGCGUUCUCCAGUUCAUAGGCGGUGACUUCAAGACCCAAUCCAGGGACUAGAGCACAAAAUCCAGGCGGAUAUUCCCUGCAGUGCUGAGGGAGUGCCGCGCCGUCAGGGGAUCGGCGCCGCCGAGGGAGCGCUGCUGGAGGGGCAACACUGAGGAAGUGUUGCACUGUUGGAAGAGUCGCCUUUCAGAUAAGGCAUUUAAACCAAGGCCCCAUCUGCCCCCUCAGGAGAUUUGUCUAUUUUUAAAGCAUGAAAAAUGGAUUUCUCGAAAUUCCUGGACAACAACUUUGAUGUCAAGGACUGGGUGAAUGGGGCUUUCAAGACCGUUCAGGAGGAGGAACCUGGAAAGGUGGACAGUCAUGCUGCCACUCUGGUGAUGAAGUUGCAGUUGUUCAUUCAGGAGGUGAACAAUGCCAUUGAAGAGACCAGUCACCAGGCACUCCAGAACAUGCCUAGGGCUCUCCGGGAUGUGGAAGCUCUGAAACAGGAAGCUUCCUUUCUGAAGGAGCAAAUGAUCCUUGUCAAGGAAGAUAUUCGGAAAUUUGAACAGGACACAGCGCAAUCCAUGCAGGUUUUGGUCGAGCUUGACGAAGUAAAGUCCAGGAUGCAGGCAGCGUCUGAGGCACUGCAGGAGGCUGACAAGUGGAGCACACUCAGUGCAGAUAUUGAAGAGACACUGAAGUCGCAGGACAUUGAGACUAUCUCGGCCAAGCUGACCAGUAUGCAGAACAGCUUGGCAAUGCUGGUCGACACACCAGAUUAUUCUGAGAAAUGUGUUCACCUCGAAGCGCUAAAGAACCGGCUGGAGGCCAUGGCGAGCACACAGAUUGUGGCUGCGUUCAACUCUCAGUCUGUUGAUCAGGCCCGGCUUUUUGUCAAAGUGUUUGUGGCAGUGGACCGAAUGCCCCAGCUCCUGACUUACUACUACAAGUGCCACAAGAGUCAGCUGGUCUCCACAUGGCAGGAGCUGUGUCAGAGUGACUUCAAUCUGAAUCACCAACUAACAGAGUUCUAUGAUACACUACUGGCAACAUGGCAUGCCCAACUACAGUGGACCAGUCAGGUCUUCAGGAAUCCCUGUGAGAUUGUUACCGUACUGCAGAUCCAGACCCUGGGAGCCAUCAUUCCAUCAGUCCCUGUCUGCCUCAGCACGGCGAUGGAGAAAGCAGACCAGGAGGACAAGCUUCACAUGCUGCUGGAUAUCCAUGACAGUACUGUUCACUUUGCUAAGAGCCUGGAGGCAGCAAUGCUUCCACACCUGGGUGAGACUAAUUUGGUGAAAGUUACGGAACUCGUUGCAGCAAUCCACAGCCCUUACCUGCCUUAUCAGCUGCAGUAUGGUGAUCUCGAGGGAUCAAACCUGCUCAUCCAGAUCAGUGCAAUCCCGCUGGAGUGUGGAGAGGUUAUUGACUGUGUCCAGGAGCUUAAUCAGUCGGUGAAUAAACUCUUCAGCCUGGCCAGUGGGGCAGUGGACAGAUGCAUCAAACUAACUGAUGGACUUGCAGUUUGUGGCCUACUCAAAGCACUGAAAGCUCUCUUCUCAAAAUAUGUGUCCAACUUUGCUAGCACUCUUCAGUCUAUUCGCAAGAAAUGCAAGCUGGAGGAAAUCACCAAUGGAUCCUUGUUCCAAGAAGAUUGGUCUGCAUUCCAGAACUCUAUCAGAAUUAUAGCAACCUGCGGUGAACUAUUGCGGCAGUGUGGGGACUACGAGCAGCAACUGUCCAACAGAAUAUUAUCUACUGCAGGGAGGUAUUUGUCUGAAUCAUACAGUCCGCACAGUCUGACUGGUAUACAAGAAACCAGCUUCUCCGACAAAAAAACUUCCAUCAAGAAUCCUUGGCAAGAAUAUAAUUAUUUACUGAAGGCAAAUCCGAGUGAAUAUGCCAGUCUGAUGGAAAUGCUUUAUAUGCUGAAGGAAAAGGGAGCAGGGAACAAUAAUUUGCUGUCGGAAGCUCGUGCAGCACUGACCCGGCUCAACCAGCAGGCACAUCAGCUUGCCUUUGACUCUGUGUUCCUCCGCAUCAAGCAACAGCUCACACAGGUGCCCAGGAUGGAGACCUGGAACACAGGAACAAUGGGAGAGACAUUAACUGAGGAUCUCCCAACAUUUAGUCUUGCUCCUCUCGAAUACAUCAGCAACAUUGGCCAGUACAUCAUGUCCCUGCCUCUGCACCUGGAGCCCUUUGUAACACAGGAGGAUCCAGCACUGGAGUUGGCACUGCAUUCUGGGAAACUUCCAUAUCCUCCGGAACAAGGUAAAGGUGGGCUGGAGGCUGUGGAUUACCUCAGCAAUGUCAUGGAUGCUCUUGGUUUACAGCCAUCUCGGACUCUGCAACAGAUUGUGACUGCUUUGAAAGCAAAGCCUGAAGAGUUCAGGCAAGCAGCGAAGGGACUCCCCCGGAGACUGACCAGCACCAUCACAGCCAUGAGGAACAUCCAUUACUGACCCACAGUCCUGCUCACAGAACAAUAGUGCAAAUACACUGUUUAGUGACAAAUCUGUGUUUCAUUCUGGUGGUUGAGGGCUGCCCUAAUUCUGAUCGGCUCUCGACCAACUGAUGGAAAUGUUCAAUUUUCCUGUUAAGGUGCAACAUCUUUCUACUGAAGAUGUGCUCUUUUAGAAAGGUUUAAGUGGGGGUCUUCUGAUGGUUUUCAGCCCUGAGCGUGUGUGCCAGGUUUGAUCUCCACUUGUGCUGAAUAAGCUGGGGUUGAUGAUUGGAAUGCUGCAAGUUGCUCAGUAUCCCUGGUUAGGGAGGGAAAAAUUUAAUAAGGCCUCCACUUUGACCAUGAUCUAGAGACACCCAGCCCCCUCCCCCAAAGCUAGAAGCAUAUGUGUGUUUGGGAGGAUGGGACCAGGCUCAACAUCAAUGCCUGCUGAUGCUUCCUAUUCCGCUCGCGUAAUUGAAUUUGACCCAUUGAGCUUUCCCAGUACCUGACAUGGAGUCAUCAUCUCAUAGAGCAGAGGGAAUAAUUGAACAUUGGAGGUAUGUUCUGGAGAGGAGGGAGUUUUGGGUAGUGCAGUGUAGCGCUGUGUUAAGAUUCCAUCUCACACAGCAGUACUGCCUCCUCCCCGCCUGAGGCAUCUUGCUCAUUAAAACUUACUCCAGAGCAGACCCAAGAGGGGAAGUUACAGAGGCUGGCUCAUCCCACAGCCCUCUGUCUCCCCACUGAGACUGAUCAAUGGACCAUGUUGACCAAGCAGAAGGGGAUGAUUCAACGCCCUCAUCGGAACCAUGGAGGAGCAAGCCUGCAUGAUUCUGUAAUGAGUUGACUACAAAACUUAAGUGUUCAUGGAUGAGGCUUGCACAGGCUGUAAGCAUUUGUGAUAAUGUUUGGAAUCCAGAAAAAGUAAUGGCCGCCUUUUGAUAAAACAAGUGAACUGAGGAUAUAACGAUCAUUUGUUGUAACUGUGUGCUUCUUUGCACAGUGUGUGGGUGGAAUAUUGUAUUUGUAAACAAUUUGUAUCUUAAGAAUCUCUGUAACCAUUUCUCCUCCAUCUCAGUACUGAUCUGUAAAAUAAUUUUAAGGAGCUGGUGCAGCAGAGAAGAGCCACAAUAUCGAUCCCUGGGUUCUGAGAACAGAAGGAAAGGCUUUGGAUUUUCUGCCUUGGAUGGAAGUGAUUGAAAAGGCAGCUUACAGAGGGAUAUAAGAUGGUAAACUGUAUAAGACAGGGAAAUGUAGAACACUGAACUAUAAAUGGGAGUGAGGUAUUCAAACUGGGAGAAAGUAAAUUCAGGACCAGUGGGUUGAGGGUGUCUGUGUGUUUCUGUAUGUCUCUGGAUUGGUUGGGGAAAUGUGGGUUGGGGUGUGUGGGCAUGCAGUGGGUGCCAGUGAUGCCCACACUGGGUGGCACUGCUGGCAGAUGGGCAGUAAGGAACUGGAAAGGGAGCUUUGUGUGUGUUUGUGUUUUUUGUUGAGGCACAUGUCAGAUCUGAGGAAUGUGAUUGCUUUUGUCACCCAGUAUUGGCAUUGCUGUGAUCAAACAUGGGAUAAUGCCCUGGUUCCUCAGUGUGAAUUCCUGGUUUUUACUCCUGCAGAGGGAGAGCUGAGGAGGCCAGGCACUGAUGGAAAGAAAGACAUUCCAAAACACUUCAACGUCAAUGGAUUCAUUGUCAGCUGUGGUGCAGUGGGCAUCAUUCUCACUUCUGAAUCAGAGGAUUGUGGGAUCAAGUCUCAUGCUGGACUCUUGAGCAUAAGGUUUACACUGACACUUUAAGUGCAAUAUUGAGGGAGUGCUGUAUUGUUGGAAGUGUCUGUCAUCUUUAGUUAAUCUUAUCUGUCCUCUUGGGUGGAUGUAAAAGAUCCCAUUGCACUAUAUGAAGAACAGAACAGUUACCUCCAAUGUCCUGCCUUAACUAACAUCAUUUUGUGAGGAAAAAUCAGAUUGCUUUUCUCAUACAAUGAAAACAGAAAAUGCUGGAAAAACUCAGCAGAUCAAACAGCAUCUGUGGAGAGAAAAAGAGUUAACCUUAUGAGUGCGUAUGACUCUUUUUCAGACUCUUCAAUGUUUUUCUCAUUGUCAGAUUGCUGAUAGUGGAAGUUUGUUGUGCACAAAUUGACUACCACAUUUCUUGGAUUAUAAUAUGCUCAAAGUACUUCACUGCCUGUGAAGUGCUUGGGAUUGUCCUGAGGCCAAGAAUUAUGCUAUAUAAAUGUAAGUUUGUUCUCUCUCCCAUGUUGUGGGUUACCUGCUGCUUGAGUUGUAGACUCUAUCAUCAUUAACUUUGGGUAUUCUCACAUCUUGACUGCUCAAUUUUUUUUCAACCAAAGAAUCCUGACACUUAUUCCUUAAGCUUUAACUGGUGCUUAUGAGUUAUUCCUUCUGUCAUCUCAGUCUGUGUCUCCACAGAUCAUUUAAGAAAUUUUUGUUUCAUGCAAAGUAUCUCUCUCCCCUCUGCCGUCGAUGUCAGUGCUACUGUCUGAAUUUUAAAAAGCUGAUGAUUUGUAGACUCUUUCCAGAUGGCAAAUCUCUGGCUGCCCUGUGUAUUUAGUUGAUUAAAAUUCUUCUGAAAUAAAAA